AUGAAUCCAUCUUCAAGCACUCUUUUUCUUGCACCAUCUGCGGCAGCUCAUUCUCUACUUUCCAAGAUAGCAGCUACUACUCAUACUGCUGCUGCUGCUGCUACCCCCUGCUACUUUCCUGUAGACAGUACCGGGGGAUACCUUCCCUUCCUUCUGGCACUCUCUCUUCCCCCAUUACGUCUUCCCUGUCAAUACCGCCGUCUUUGUACCCAUCUUCAAGCUUUCUUCAAAUCCGGCCCAGUUGCAGACUGGAAGGAAAUCUUGUCCGGAUUUAGAGUCACACAAAAGACAGCAUCGUGA